AUGAGCAUACCGAUAGCUGGUCGCAUGGCCGGCAUCGACAUGUAUGCAGCAUUUCAUGCAUCACGAAAGAACAGAGCACAGGUCUUCUUCCAGCAAUGUCGACAAUUCGCCGCAUCGAAACGAUCACGUACAGCCACGCCCAGCCAUGCCACUACCGAUGCAUAUAUUCCACCCGAUAGUCUAGUCCACGAUGUGAACGCUUCCGGGUCUACGCCUCGCAACGAACAGCGGAAUGGGAGGCCUUAUCUGGAGCACAAGACAGCAAACACUACCACACAGACACCCAUCACGGUUGAGAGGACCUUAGAUGUUAAGGAUGGCGAAGCCGAUGCUGCUGCAACCAAUGCACAAGAUUCUGAUGGGAAGGACGACCAUGUGGUCGCUGGCAAGCACACCACCAAACCAGACAACCGUGUGCGGACUUCGAGGGAGACCAAAGCGGGCGCUACAUCGGACGACGUACCAAAGACAGCCCGGGAGCAAUCACGUCUAGCUCGCAAGAUGCGUAGAAUCCAAGCAGGCACGCAUAACAGAGACAGUCAACUACAUCUACAGCAGGAUCCUGGUCAGGUCGAAAGCGUGCUCGCGAAGCUGGACGAGCUCAAGACAUCAGAGCCGAGCGUGUGGGCAGGAUUCGAAAACAAUGCUACUCCGGUGCAAGCCCGGAAGCCUCUCAGGCCUUUGAGCGAAUUGCCUCUGGAACAAGAGACAGCAAAACCUACGAAGCUCGAGCCAAAGCCAAGGAGAGAACCCUGGCAGAUUCAAAAACGAGUCACUGAGCAGAAGUUUGGCGAGACAGGCUGGCAACCACGAAAGCGCUUAUCGCCCGAUACACUAGAAGGGAUACGUGCUCUUCACGCUUCGGACUCGGCCACUUACACGACAGAGAUGUUGUCAGCCCACUUCAAAAUCACACCGGAAGCUAUACGUCGGAUCUUGAAGUCAAAAUGGCAGCCCAACGACGAAGAGUCCGAGGAUCGCAGGGCGAGGUGGGAGAGGAGGGGAGCGAAGAAGUGGCAGAGUAUGGCUGAGCAGGGGAUGAGGGCGCCUGCUAAGUGGAGGGCUAUGGGUGUGGGUGGGGAGGAGGGAUUGAAGGAGGAGAGGCUGCCAAGACGGAGAAAAAGCAAGGGCGAAGACGGGUUGAGUUGGGAUGAUGUUGUUGGUGGAUUGCCAGAGCAUGUCGAGGAGAGGAGCAGGAAUGACUCGUUGGCUGAUAGGUUGUUGUGA